CUUUUGCACACGACCAUGACCACGUUCAACGUCCGGAAGGGCAAGUGGCACUUCACGUGCGAGGUGCUGGAAGACGCGCUCUCGGCCGAGGCCAAGGCGAACAUCGAGACCGUCUAUGACUUGCUGAGCCAAGACGUCUUCGUGACGAAGCGCGUGAGCCUGCAAGAGCUGCGUGCCAUCAUCGACAGCUCGUGCAGCAAGGUCCCAGAGUUCUACGUCUCGUUCGCCAACUCGGGCUCGUUUGCCCAUUUUAACCAAUUCUCGACGCAUUUCUCCUCGCGGAGCCGCGCUGGCGUCGCAACGAUUUCGCCCGACUACUGGUUCAUCUUGAUCCCGGAAGGCCAUCUCCUCAAAUGCAUGAUCGCCCCGCGCUUCAAUUCGCCGCCGACCCCUGAAACGAAAGCGCCGCCGGCAGCCAUCGAGCCCAUCGUCCCAGUGAGCCAACUGGGGCUACCCGAACCAGAGCCUCUUCCCGUCGUGGACACGACCCCAGCGAUUGCGACGCCAACACCAGCGCCCAAGCCCAAGCCAAUGCCAAUCCAAGAUCUGACGCCCAACGUGCUCGACGCCAUGCUCGGGCUCCAGCAGCUGCACGCACUCUCAAUGAAGGCGCCCGACGAGCCGCGACAAAAAGACUCACCGGCCAGGAAAGAGACCAAGCCGCGCUCGCUGCCGCAAACCUCGAGCCCUCCCGAGCGGCUUUCUUGCCCUCUCGAGCUGCUUCCUUGUCAUCCUGAGCCGCUUCCUCCCUCUCUGGCGGAGGCCACGUCAGAAGCCGUCACGCCAGAGAAUACCACACAGCCAGCGCUUCAUGUGCCCGAAGCCGUGCCGCAGAUUCCCACGUCGGCACCGCGUACGACGCCCCUCGCGCAGUCAGCACUCGAAGCGCCCGUGGUACCUUCCGUGCUCGAAACACCCCAGCGCCAUGUCGACAAGCCAAUGGCAGCCAGCGAUAACCGGCCGACGGACCCGCGCCAGAACAAGCGGCGCCGCAUCAGUACAGACGCCCUUCCUCCGAGCGUUGUUGCUGUUGCCGACGCCCUUUCUCCGAGCGUUGUUGCCGUUGCUGACGCGCUUCCUCCCACCGAGAGCUCACCAAUCAAAUUGAUGCCGCCCGCUGUCGACGUGAGGGUUGCGUCGACGAAGCCGCCGUCACCGGUCAAGAAGCCAGUCGCCGACUACACGGAACUCUUACGCGUCCACAAGUGCUUCCACGCGAUGCAGUACCUCGUCCACGGCCAGCGCGUCGAGAGCACCAAGCCGCGCCGGUCUCGCCACGACCGCGACUAGCCCCAUUACCAUCAACGACGCUUGUUGAUCUGUCUUCCUAACGUUUUUUUAUACUACGGCAACGCGUGC